CGCCGGGACCCCGAGCCAUCGUAGGAACGCUGGAGGCGGCCCAUCGGCGGCGGCGGCGGCUGGUAGAGACGGCUCCCCGGAGCUCCCCGCCUCUUGGCUCGCCCCGGCUUGCUUCCCCGGAGCAGUGGGCGGUCCCGGGGCGGCCGCGCUUGCAGCUCCUCGCCGAGACACCCCAGCGGGAAGGGAGCGGGUUUAUUUCUGUGCCCCGGCCGACAGGCGCCCACAGUUCGAUGGUUGGUUCGGAACGCGAUGAGCCGCCCGUCCUCCACCGGACCCGGUGCUAACAAACCCUGUGGCAAGCAGCAGCAGCCUCCGCAGCAGCCCCAGCAGCAGCCUCCGCAGCAGCCCCAGCAGCACGCCCCGUCCCAGGCUGCGCCCCCGGCCGCCGCCACCAUCUCGGCUGCCGGACCUGGCUCGUCCGCGGUGGCCGCCGCGGCCGCAGUGAUCUCGGGCCCUGGCGGAGGAGGCGGCGGCGGCGGCGGGCCGGUCUCUCCCCAGCACCACGAGCUGACUUCGCUCUUCGAGUGCCCGGUCUGUUUUGACUAUGUCCUGCCCCCGAUCCUGCAGUGCCAGGCCGGGCACUUGGUCUGUAACCAAUGCCGCCAGAAGCUGAGCUGCUGCCCGACGUGCCGGGGAUCCCUGACCCCUAGCAUCAGGAACCUGGCCAUGGAAAAAGUGGCCUCUGCUGUGCUAUUUCCCUGCAAGUACGCCACCACGGGAUGUUCUCUGACCCUUCACCACACGGAGAAGCCGGAACAUGAAGACAUCUGCGAGUACCGCCCCUACUCCUGCCCCUGCCCCGGGGCCUCCUGCAAGUGGCAGGGCUCGCUGGAAGCCGUCAUGUCCCACCUCAUGCACGCGCACAAGAGCAUCACCACCCUCCAGGGGGAGGACAUCGUCUUCCUCGCCACGGACAUUAACCUGCCGGGGGCCGUCGACUGGGUGAUGAUGCAGUCCUGCUUCGGGCACCACUUCAUGCUGGUGCUGGAGAAGCAGGAGAAGUACGAGGGCCACCAGCAGUUCUUCGCCAUCGUGCUGCUCAUCGGGACCCGGAAGCAAGCCGAGAACUUUGCCUACAGACUGGAGCUCAACGGCAACCGGCGGAGACUGACCUGGGAAGCCACCCCCCGCUCCAUCCACGACGGGGUGGCUGCCGCCAUCUUGAACAGCGACUGCCUUGUUUUUGAUACAGCCAUAGCACAUCUCUUUGCCGACAACGGAAACCUCGGAAUCAACGUGACGAUUUCAACCUGUUGUCCGUGACGUGUUUUUGUAGCGUUAGCAGGCCGUAGAGUUGUCAGGACGCCGUACUUUUACACUUUAAUAAAAUGUUGUUGUUGUUUUAAAAGUUGUACUCAAAUAUGUCUUCAUGUAUCAGAAUCGAAGAUUUACUGAUGUUUUAUAAUAUUGUCUCUUAACUGCCCAGCUCCCCCCUCCCUCCUUGUCCUUCUGCCCCUUCCCCAGCUUACAUCCUCUUAGGAGUCAACCUGAACCCAAACACUUAACUCAGAGAACCCGGGAUGCGUCAGGCUGAGCUGUUCCCAAGUGGAAGAGCUUGAGGAGAAAGUAAAAAAAAAGAAUGAAGAAAGCUUGCAUUUAUUUAAUUCUUGAAAGCCUUUUUGGCAAGUUUUUGAUUCUUUUCUGCCUCUGCUUAAAUCUCCAUCUCUCCCUUCCCUUCUUUGUUUUUCCUCUUUCCUUUCUUUCUCACCUCCUCCUUUUUUCUCUCAUGCUCUUGCUAUUCCCCUUUCUUCCCUCUUCUUUACCCUUCUCCUUCCUUUCUCUAUUUUCUUUCUUCUCCUUCCCUCCCCCUUCUCUCUUCUCAUUGGCUCCUCUUUCUCUUCCUCUCACUCUCCAUCUCCUCCUCCCCUUGGGAUAAGAGAGUCUCUUGCCUCUCCUCCUUGAGUGUUUAUCAGUUUUAACAGGAGCCAAGAGUUGUUCUCAAGAGAUUCCUCCAAUUUGUUCUCCAUUUGUCCUUUAGGGAAGAAGGGGAAAUCAUUUCAAGUUUUAAUCAUGGAAAGGGAUCCGAAUCUUUUUUCAACCUGCUUCAAAUUGACUCCCGGUUAAGUUGUUUUAUCCCCUAAGUUUAAACGAAAGACAAAAUGCACAUUGAAGCUUUGAACCCCUUGGUGCUGUGAGGUAGCUGCCCUAGAAUGCAGAAAGAACCGGCACUAAUCUUUUCUUUGUUGGCCCAGGAUUAGCUGUUGAUCACACCCUAGUCUAGACAAUUUCCACGUGGCUUCUUUCCCUUGGAGACAUACUCGAUUUGAUAUUGUAAUCGUUUCUUGCUAUUUAAGUUUUGUUGCCAUAUUCACUUUAGUUUUCUAAUAAAUGUUUUGCAGAAACUUC